UGGGGGUUUGGGGUUUCGUAAAAUUAUUUCUUCGUUUGCUUCCGGAGAACAAACGGAGCAGUAAAAUGUAGCCAUAAUUUCCUUCCCUAAAUGUGCCAUAUAAAGCAGGAUUUAGUGUUGCGGCAGAAAUGCCGGAAGAAUACAGAGUUUGGUGAGACCGUUGGAUAGAGCAGGAGAAGCAGGAACACAGAGACAACGCAGUGCAAACAACUAAACAAGCAGUAGCGCGCGUGCGGUCAGUAUCGUUCACUCAAAACCCAAACAUCCUAACCGACCGUCGUCCCUCUUGGACGAGUAGAUAGCCGGUGAGACAGACCGCAAACCAAACUAUUCUACGCCGAGCAGGGAAACGGCAAUACGGAGACUAGUCGAGCAACACGAACGGCAAGAUAGGCGAUAGAGUGAGAGCACCAAGAGCCAAGAAAAAAAAGACGUAAAAAAUCGUCAUCAUCAACACUUUAUUCAAGUUUUAUCUCGCCCUCUUUAACAUCUCCUUAAAGUUCGCUACCGUUUCCGUUCCUCGCUCCGUUACACCCCGGUACCGGUCACGGACCUGAUCACGGAACCUCAUCUCACGGAAGUUUUGGCUUUGAGGUUGGGCCAGAUAGUUUCCCCUCUCGGGUGUAGUCUGAAGAUUCGUUGCAGUCAGUUCCAACCUGCAGCAUCCAUUUUUCAAUGGACAGGGGUUAAGACGAGAAUCUUGGUGGAGUUCAUUACAGUGCCCUGCAACUGGGAGGCUACUGAGCUAGUUUUGGGGUUCCAGCUAUUGUUGCUGAUGUUAACGCAAAGCAGAGAUUCAUCCGGAUGGUGAUGAAACUUGUCGCUCACUGUACAUCGCGUUGGUAGUGGUAGUGGUCCUGUUCAUCUUCAACCCUCAAUGCUAUCCCACAGAGUGGGGUAAGUUGGUUCAACACUGCCGAACAAUGUAGGGCCGCGAUGGUGGAAGAAAUCGCGUCCAACCCUAAGUAGGCGUGGCCUCUCCAACGGAAUGAACACCGGCCGUAUAUCCUUGCCAUGCUGGGCGAGCAUAAACACGCACCCCGCGUUUAAAACACACACACGCACGCAUCGGGUUGGUGCGUAGCUGGUCCACGAAUCGUAGACCGCGAACCGCGAACCGUUGACGGCGACAGCGUUUUCGCUGCACGCAACCGCAACGAACACGACGUCGUCAGUAACGUUCGAGUAGUUGCCGGGUACGCAGGGUCGGUCGAAUUCCGUCGGUACUGUGCCGUCGUUGAGCUCGUGCGGGAAAGAAACGGAUUGGGCCCGGGUGAUGUUGCGUCGACAGUUGCGGACAUAGUUGUGGUGCGAUCUCAGGAUUAGAUCUUCGGAUUUGUUUUUGUUUUGUUUCAACCUCCGACCAGUGGUUCGAAGUGUGUGGGAGUUUGUGAGUGAGUGGAAAGCCAAAACAGAAGAGGUGUUGUUAGUCCUGAACAAAGUGUUGUUUGCGUUAUUCCUGCAGAGGAAGAUAGUGCCGGCUCUAGCUGGGUCGUGCAGUGCAGAACACGUGACAACUGUGUCUCCUGUAUCAUCUAUAUCAAGACCUCCAAUCAAGCCUAUCAACCAAAUUCGCUACCACCUCCAUGUGUUGCCGUGUCCGCACCGAGCUCGUCAGAACUUUCGACGAGUGUUCUUAGGGUCAAAAGUGAUUAAGAUACCACGGCCCCUAACUCCAAGUGCCGCUCGGUAUUCUCCUUCGCGCGUGUUUGUGUGUCUGAGUGUGUGUGUGCUCCAGUGCUAGCUUAGUUUUGUGUCAAACCUGCCAAAAUGCUCGUUCCGCCCGAGAUGAUAGCGGUCCAGUCGAAACUUAUCUACCAGAUGAACAAAUACUGUGCCGACCGGGUCCAGGCCCGGAAAGCUCAAAUACACAAAACCAUCCAGGAGGUGUGCCGGGUGGUGCAGGACGUGCUGAAGGAGGUGGAAGUGCAGGAACCACGCUUCAUCUCGUCGCUCAACGAUUACAACGGGCGGUACGAUGGGCUCGAGGUCGUGUCGCCGACGGAGUUCGAAAUCAUCAUCUACCUCAAUCAAAUGGGCGUGCUAAACUUCGUCGACGACGGUACACUGCCCGGGUGCGCCGUGCUGAAGCUGAGCGACGGCCGCAAACGGUCCAUGUCGCUGUGGGUCGAGUUUAUCACCGCGUCCGGUUACCUGUCCGCCCGGAAGAUCCGGUCCCGCUUCCAGACGCUGGUCGCGCAAGCCUGUGAUAAGUGUUCGUACCGCGACUCGGUGAAAAUGAUUGCCGACACGACCGAGGUGAAGCUGCGGAUUCGCGAGCGCAUCAUCGUGCAGAUAACGCCCGCCUUCAAGUGUGCCGGUCUCUGGCCACGGUCCGCCUCGCACUGGCCCCUGCCCCAGAUACCGUGGCCCCAUCCGAACAUCGUGUCCGAGGUGAAGACGGAAGGUUUCGACAUGCUGUCGAAGGAGUGUAUCGCACUGCAGGGGAAGAACUCGGCGAUGGAGGGUGAUGCCUGGGUGCUCAGUUUUACCGAGGCCGAAAACAAGCUGCUACAAGGUGGCUGUCGAAGGCGGUGCCUCAGCAUCCUGAAGACGUUGCGCGACCGGCACCUCGACCUACCCGGCAACCCGGUCACCUCGUACGUGAUGAAGACGCUGCUGCUGUACGAGUGCGAGAAGCAUCCGCGCGAGAUGGAAUGGGACGAGAACUGUAUGGGCGACCGUAUCAACGGCAUCUUUCUGCAGCUGAUCUCCUGCCUCCAGUGUCGCCGGUGUCCGCACUACUUCCUGCCAAACAUGGACCUGUUCAAGGGCAAGUCGCCCGGUGCGCUCGAGAACGCAUCCAAGCAGGUCUGGCGGUUGACGCGGAUCAUGCUCACGAACUCGCGGUGCCUCGAGGAGCUGUAAGGCGCACCGGCAGGACAGGCACUCUAGGCUAAGCAAUGUGGUAGGUAGGGAGGGACCGGUGCAAAAGCGUAUGGCGUAAUCGCCUCGCCAUGUCCAGAGGGCGAGAUAGAGAGAGAGAGAGGGAAAUAGAGAGAGCGAGAGAGAAUCCUUACGUACUACUAACUCUAGCGAGGUACUAAAUUAUUAUGCACGUAUACUAUAUACACUAAGCUAGUUCGUCGAUAACUUAUGUCUUAAAGGUGUUUUAAUCUACUAAAAACAAUCUGGAUCCAUUGUCUGGAUCCGCAUCGCGACAAGAGAAAGUUCCACAGUUAGAUCAAUUUUGUUUUCUCAAGCUCCUUUUCCAUGUUACAUGAUGCUUCAUCUGACGUUUUCAGUUUGACAGAUCGAACCAAACCGAAGCAUAGUAAACAUUAAGCUAGAGCUUACUGGACACAUAGCUAGUAAUGUCAGAAAGGGUAUGUGUGUGUGUUUUUUUUUUCUCUUUUUACAUGGCUUACGUUCCUUUUUCUCUCGCAAUCUUUCCACCACCGUGUUGGAAAGAUUGCAAGGUGCAUCACAGAUCACACUGUAGUACAACCGGCAGUCCGGGGUUCGCUGGGUCGCAGUACGCAAAAUCAGAAUCAAAUCUACUAGAAUGUAAGGCGAAAGGCGACUCUACCGUUGUUUCGUGAACGAUUGCAACCGACGCGGUAUGCGAAAAAAGCAAAACACAAAUCGUUGUGAAAUUCACAAUCGUGCAUGGGAAGAUAUUAAAAUAGACAAAAUGGUAAACAAACACUACAAUUUAAAAUAAACGAUUCAAAUACCUUUUUUUUCAUGUGCAAAACAAAAACCAAAAAAA